AUGGAGGCUUCGGGGCCACCCCAGGCCAGGAGGUGCUUUCAGGAGGCCCUGGAGAAGCUUUUCCCUCGCCUCUGCUUCCUCUGCUCCCUGGUGACUUAUGCGCUGCUGGGUGCUGCCCUCUUCUCGGCCAUCGAGGGGGGCCAGGGCUUAGGGCCAAAUGACCCGGAGUUUGAUGAAUUCCUGGGGGAGCUCUGUGGCAUCUUGAAAUGCAACCGAACAGUUGAGGAAAGCAAGAAGCAGGAUCUCGAAGUGCUGCUGCAGAAGGUGAAACCUCACUGGUUCAGCACGUUUGCAGACUGGUCCUUCCUGAGCUCGCUCUUUUUCUGCUGCACAGUCAUCAGCACUGUGGGUUACGGCCACAUGUACCCCGUCACCAGGCUUGGCAAAUACAUGUGCAUGCUCUACGCCCUCUUUGGCAUCCCCCUGAUGUUCCUCGUCCUCACAGACACGGGUGACAUCCUGGCCACCGUCCUGUCCACGUCUUACGAUCGGUUCCAAAAACUCUCAUUCGUCCGGCUUCACCUUCCCCGGUGGUGCUCCCACCUGCUCUGCAGAAGGUCUGCCGCCAAGCCUGUUCCUGCCACCACGCCUGCGGCCCGAGAUGUCCCCAGGAUCGUCAUAGAAACCCAAGACCUUCCGGACCCCAAACCCGGCAGGAAUCCCUCCGCCCCAGGCAGCAACACAGAUCUGUUCGAGAGACUUCUGGCACGAGAGAGGCAGAGCACGCUGCGCCCACCCCCGCGGGCUGUCGAGAGGAGCAGCUCGUGUCCCGAGCUCACGUCGGGGAGGCUCUCCUACUCCAUCAUCAGCAACCUGGACGAGGUGGGACGGCAGGUGGAGAAGCUGGACAUCCCCCUCCUGGUCGUCGCCCUCCUCAUCUUUGCCUACAUUUCCUGCGCCGCCGCCAUCCUCCCCAUCUGGGAGACGCAGCUGGACUUUGAGAACGCCUUCUAUUUCUGCUUCAUCACGCUGACCACCAUCGGGUUUGGGGACACUUUUUUGGAACACCCUCACUUCUUCUUGUUCUUCUCCAUUUAUAUCAUCAUCGGGAUGGAGAUCCUGUACAUUGCUUUUAAGUUGGUGCAAAACAGGCUGAUUCACCUCUACAAAAGUCUCAUGCUGUUCUUCGCCAGAGGGGCAUCUGACCAUCCUGUUAAACACUGA